GCCUCUCCUCUCUCCCUAUAGGCUAGCCACACUGGUAUGCGCUCGUACAUUUACAUGCAGAGCUCUGUGAUUGGCUCGCAGGCGGAGCACACGGGGAUGCGGACGUAUUACUUCAGCGCUGACACCCAGGAGGACUUGAACACCUGGCUGAGGGCCAUGAACCAGGCCACGCUGAUGCAGAAGAGCAGCAACACACUCAUCAGAACGUCUGAUAAGCUGGAGACGUUUGACAUGUUGCAGCAGCAGGCCGUCCCGCAGACGAACCACUUGACCCUCCAUCAGCACCCUGACAGACCCGUGGUCCACGAGGUUCUGCUGGAGCCCAUCCACCGGGCCUCAGAGGAGCGCUGCAGCCUCCACAAGUACUCUCCUGCCUCCACCACGCUGGAGCACCCCAUAGGAAGCACCGCCAUGGAGAUGGACACGCACACCUCCCUCCCCUCCAACCCCGCGCCCUCCGCCCUCCCACAGCUGGACCACGUCUCGGCCUCAGCGCCUGUCUCCAGGGUGCCGUCCCGGGCCCCGUCUCGAGCCGCCUCCACCCUGCCCUCCAGCGUUUGCAACAGGAACGGCCUGGUGUCCACGCCCAGCCCCAUCCUGGAGCCCAAUGGGAUCGCAGCGGGGACGUACCAGCGGGCGCCGGCUGACUCUCACAGGCUGCUGCACAGGAGGAGCACUCUGGAGCAGGUGGAGCAGUGGGUCAAAGUGCAGAAGGCUGAUCACAAAGGCCCCCCCUCCAGAGAGAACACCCUCCCUCGUCGCACACCACCGACCCAGCACAAGUUCACCACCCCAGACACGUACCAGACGCUGCCAAAGACCCCCCGCCAGAGCCCCACGCCCGCCCGGCUCGGAGAGUACAAGUACGCCCAGGACCGCCUCAGCCACUUCCGCCUGGCCCCCGACCCGGGACCCAACAUGGGGUCCAACCCGGGGCCCGGUACCGUGUGGCAGCUGUACGAGUGGCAGCAGCGGCACCAGUACCGGCACGGCAGCCCCACGGCACCGCUCUACACCCCGGCCCCCGACUACCCAUUCGGCCCCCGACCUCCAUCCACCGUGCCUCAAGCACCCAGGUCUGAAGGGCCCCCCCGCUGUGUGUCGGUACCACCCACAGCUGAAGAUAUCCCUCCACCCGGACCUCCGCCUGGCUCCAGCAGAACCCUGUCGCCCACACGCAGACCACACACUCCGGCUGGGCGCGUGACGGUCAGACCGGUGGGGGAACGGUCGGUGCUGGACGGCCCCUUCGCUGUGUCCCCCCGCAGGAGCAAGUCUCAGAUGCUCAAGGCUUCUACUAUUGAGAGACGGUCAAUGCCUCCAUCCGGCUACAUCACACACACCGUCAGCGCUCCCAGCCUUCAUGGCAAAACG